CGUUACAGAUUUAUAGUAGGUCUCGUUAGCCCUGUACGGCCUCAGUUCACACGCGGCGCAGUUCUGAGCGUUUGGUCAGUUUCUCACGAAAGGACCAAACCGCUGACACGGGUUUACAUCCGUGGAAAGACCGUCAGCUCACAACGUAUCACCAUACUCCCGUCUGCACAGCGUAAGACCACAUCCAGUAUGACAGCCGUUCAGCUCUUCAUCUGCGUCGUGAUCGUACAGUGCAUCGUGCACUUAGCGGGGAUAUCAGCUUUUCAAGUCGCCGCUUUCAACUUGGACAGGCUCGGACCUGGCCACGUAAGCAUCGAACAGAACGACGUGUUGCCGCCGGAGGAAACUAACGCUCUUCCCGAAGACAGCGCGGUGAACGACGUCGGCAUCUCGUCGAGCGAAGCCGAGGCCAUUGUCAAUCUCCUCCUUGAUGUUGACGUACAUCUCGAUCAACAAGACCACUCACCCGCGGAAGCCAUACUUCCAGCCGGUGGGAUACUUCUCGAUCCUCUCCCAGAGAUCGUACCGACUACCGCCAAGCCGGCAGAGCCUGAAUCCGACUCCUUCUCCAUAGACGCCUACAUCAAGGCAUCAGAGCUGCUGGACAGGCUGCAGGCAGAUCAGCCGCAGUUCGACUUCCAGCCGAUCCAUGACAAGCUGAAGGGAUCUCCCGACCACGAGGAGGUGACAGAGAUGAUCACCUACGUGCGGAACCUGAGAGAGAAGCUGAUGAGGUACAUCCGGGACACUACCAGCACGUUGGGCCGGUUCAGUCUGCUGGUGUUCGACCCUCCCAUCACGGAGGCAAACCUGGCGAACCAGCCCCGCUGGCAGAAAGAACUCAACGACGCCAUGGAGAGGACAAAGGACAUUAUUGACGACUUCAUCAACAACCUGUACGACAUCAAGACGCAGCUGCAGAUGGUGGUGAUGGAAGUAGCCCGGAUGGAGAUCCCCAUCAGCGAGGUGGUCCUCAAGCCCGCACCAAGAUUUAGAGACGACAGGAAACGUCAGCCGGUUUCUCCCAAGCCUAUCCAGAACCUGUCCGAGUACGCCGACUGGCUGGUGGACUUCUUGACCAACACCAUCCCCACGGCUAACGAGCUGGCCGUGAAGAGCUUCCCGCGGUUCCGCAUGGUGCGGGACGCGGACGGCGCGGCCACCCUGGAGGAGGAGCGCGAACGCUUCACCCGCUCCGUGGACGAGUACCGCGAGUUCUUGGACUUUCUGGGAGAGACGCUGGAGGAGGUACCCAACGUCAACCCCAUGGACCACAAGGAACCAACCCGUGUUUAAAGAAAUUUAAAGUUUCAUUCAAUUUCUUAAACGUGACCAAAGUCUGCCUCACCAAGAAGUGUUUUUAUCUUAAAAAUGUCCAUCCGAAUUUGAAUGAUCUGAUCUGCUUACAUUUAUUUAAAUUUCCCAUUAUGAAAAAAAAUUAUGUAACACACAGUACGUUUUGAAUGCAGUACCAUUAAAAUUCUAUGUGAGGCAGACUGUAAACAACCGUUUCGUGAAUUUCAGGAUAACAAAAACGGCGACAUAUGCACUCAUCGGGAGGGCACAAGGGUUACCUACAAGCUUCCUGAAAUUAUUCACUGUUUAGUUGCGUCCAAAUCAGCAAGAAAACAACUGUUGAUUCCAAAAGCAAGUUUUGGUCAAAGGAAAAAGUAAAAAUGUUAAAAGAUACUAAAAGGCCUUAAUCUAUGCUGACUUUUCCAUCAUUACAAAAUAAAUAUCUCAUAAUUGGCUUUUCUUCAGUUUGUCCAAAAAAGGGGAAAUAUGCAGGGAACAAUGAGGACACACAUACGCUGUUGUUGUCAUUUCCUAUCACAGGAAUAACUCCAAUAUUGCAUCAUAAUUACAUUAACAACAAACCAAUGCAGCAGUUUUUGGCAGCCGUAUCUUUCAAUCCAGUUUUAAACAGAACCAAUCUUCUAUGAAGUGUAGCAACCCAGUUUUUUAGUUUGGGCAAGCUUUCAACGUUAUUUAUUUUGUAUUCUUGGUUACAAUCUGUCUGGUUAGUCAUGUUAGAUAUCUUGUAUAUCUAACCUUAGGCUUACUCUACUCAAGAUGUAAAAUAUUCUUGUAUCUUCUGCUGUGAGGUGUGUGGAGAAAGCUACAAUGUAUCUGCUUUAAACAUUACUGUAGGUUCUUGGAUUAUAGGUCAUAGAUAUUUUAUAGGUCUAAUUUACAUAGCUUUUAUUUGGCUAAACCUUUAAAACUAUUUUUCUCUUCGCGGAGGCCCAAUGGCUAGGCCAGAACCCAAAGUUCAAAAAGCCGUCAACGGGGUUUCGUAAACUGUAUCUUAGCAUCACGUUGCAUUUCAGUAAUAACUCGCAGUGUGGCGCUUAAAUCCUUCUGAAAAUCAUCGGAAAUCGCGAUGAGCGACAACACGGCCAUAGUACACAGCUAUCUCUUGAAUGAAUUAACUCAUCUAAUUUCCUUACCUAUUGUAAAAUCUGGUCUCAUAAGUCACGCAGUUCAGUCACACAGAAAUACAGUUUCUGCUACCAAAUUUCCAUUUCUUUCAUAUUUUGUUUAUAUCAUAGUGGUUUUUUUUUUAAAUUUUUGUAUUUUUGUAUACUGUAUGAGAAUUACUCACACUUUGCGGGAAUUGCCUCUAAAUCUAAUUUUAACCAAGUUUUUUUUUAAAACGCCAGCAAACAUUCCUUUCCUCGAAGACAAGGAAGAGAGGUGGUGAUCAAACGUACAAAUUUUAGAGCCCGAGCUGGCCUUGGGUCUCCUGCCUUUAAACAAUAGUCAUAGGUUACUUGAAGAUAUCUAGUAACAAUGAUUACCUUAUGGGUCUGUUAGGAAUUCAAUCAUGUAUUUUCGACGUAGACAAUAAUUGGUUAUUUCUUCCUAUGUUCGAAAAUGUUUUGUUGUAUUCAUCAAGUUAUUACGUCUUUUUGAUAUGUUUUCUGACGAGUCAUAUGUGAUUCCCACGACGUAUGAAUACAGUGGCAAUGAGACGUAUGGAAAAUUCAAA